GUGGCACCAAAAUCAAAUGUUUCCUUGAACCUAUGAUAGUACUACUCUAAUGUAAAAUCUCUCUUAUUACACGUUCAUCAUCUCUGUCUUCGUUUCCCUUCUCUUCUGCAUUACCCACUUGAUUUCAAGCUCAAUCCUCCUUCUGAAACCGACCCAUCUCUGGAAAAACCGUUUUCUCCUCGAAAGCCAUCGCCUUUCCUUGUUCUGAAUCCGUUUUCUGCAACCCCACAUAAUCGUUUUUUCUCUCAUGGAUGAACCUCUGCUUCAAUAUUUCAGCCCCAGAAAGAAGCCAUCACCGUUGUCAUUGACACCGCAUCUCUGUCCGUUACCGGAGAAUGACGAGGUGGUUAUCCCCAUCACACCUUCGGAGUUCAAAGAUCGCCUCAUCUUUGGUCCUUCUUCAAUGGACCACCCUUCACCUUUGGCUGAUGCCUUAACACUCUCUCGGAAUUCACCAAAAUCUUCUUCUUCUUCUUCUUCCACAUCGCAUGAUUUUGCAUCUUCUGCACCACCGCAAUACUCACAGCAACAACAACAACCACUUGCUUCAUGGCUCGUUGACCCGAAUUAUCCAUGGCGGAAAACCAACCUCCACCGCUCCAAAACCGCACCGGCUAUGGCUGUUAUCAGCGAUUUGAAUCACCCGGCAACGGUGAAGAGACCCCAGUUUGCUAGCCAAUCGAUUGUUUUCCAGGCUGUGGUUCUUCUCGUUCUGUAUUUGGCAUUGGGGGUGGUGAUUUACUGGUUCAAUCGGCAUAAUUUUGUAGGUUCUGAAACUCACCCUAUAGUGGAUGCUUUGUAUUUUUGUAUAGUGACAAUGUGCACUAUAGGAUAUGGUGAUAUAACUCCCAAUAGUACAGCAACAAAGCUUUUCUCUAUUUUGUUUGUGUUGGUGGGUUUUGGUUUUAUUGAUAUAUUGCUCAGUGGGAUGGUUAGCUAUGUUCUUGAUUUGCAGGAGAAUCAUUUGUUGAGGGCGGUGAAGGGUAGGGGUGAGAAGGAUGGGAAGUCAUAUAUAAUUGAUGUGAAGAAAGGGAGGAUGAGGAUUAGGAUGAAGGUUGGAUUGGCAUUAGGGGUUGUGGUGCUUUGUAUUGGGCUUGGUGUUGGGGUUAUGCAUUUUGUGGAAAGGCUUGGAUGGGUAGAUUCUUUUUAUCUUUCAGUUAUGUCUGUUACUACUGUUGGCUAUGGUGACCAUGCUUUCAAGACUAUGCAUGGUAGAAUCUUCGCUGCAAUCUGGUUGCUUGUGUCGACGCUUGCGGUGGCCCGAGCUUUCCUCUAUUUGGCUGAGGCAAGAGUGGAUAAGCGGCAUAGGAGGAUGGCAAAGUGGGUUCUUGGUCAGGAUAUGACUGUGGCUGAGUUUCUUGCUGCAGAUAUAGACAACAAUGGAUUUGUCAGUAAAUCAGAAUAUGUUAUAUACAAGCUCAAGGAGAUGGGGAAAGUAACAGAGAAGGACAUCAUGGAGGUUAGUGAGAAGUUUGAUAGACUAGAUGCAGGAAACUGCGGAAAAAUAACACUUGGUGAUCUUAUGGAGGGUCAUAAUGUAUGAUCUGUGUGUUGCCAUUCAAGGAGUAAGGGAAUUCUAUGUCCCCAGUCUUUGUCACUUCAAGAAGGGAGUGUCAAAUUCUCAAGUUGCAUGCUGGAGAGUGGUUCACUACAGUUGAUGGGAACUUUCUUCUUUUAGGGGUUGGGAGGUGGUUAUUUUCCCUCCUACACUUUGUCAUGAUCAUCAGCUCAACGAGUCACGGUGGAUGAGAAUGCUAGUGAAGUUUUGGUCCUUUUGCCCGAAUCUUGCAAAUUAUUUAUAGCAUGUUUAGAUCAGGCUCUUUUUCUUUAUAGUCAAUUUUGAAAUUUUAGAAGUUACUCACAGAUGCUUCUUCCCAUAAUUGAUUAUGGCUUCAGAAUUAGUUGUAGAAGGAUUUCCAUACAUGCUCUUAGAGGAUGGUAGCGACCGACCUUGCUGGAAUUUGAAUAUUACCAAUUAUAGUAUUGUAGGUUGAUGGGAUGGCCGGUAGUAAUGGAGGGGGCAAUUUUGGUUGGUUAAAUAAUUAUUUUGUACAUAUUCUUUUUGGUAAUUAAUUGGAUUUAUUCUUUAGUAUUUUC